AUGGCGGACGUUGGCCUAACCGCCCAAGAGCUGGUGCAAGCCUGUAACAAAGUCAUAGUUUAUGCUGGAUUGAUUACACGUGUGGCGAACGUUGAGGAAGUGAGGGUUGUCUGCAGUAGCAGCUCGUUGUUGGUUGCAGCGCUUGAGGGCUUCCUGGGAAGGCGCUUGGAGAACGUGCUGAGGACGCCAGAGACACCGGAUGAGAGAGCAUACAACCUAGGCAUAGUUGUGAACGUGUUGUCUCAACUCCUUAGCUGUGAUCUCUCUCACAUCUCGGGUGAACGCAUCGUCGAGGGCUCUAUCGAGGACAUUGCCAACAUGCUAGAACUUCUCGCUGUGGUCUGUCACGGCAAGCCACUGCAAGGCCCGGCCCCAGCCACAAAUUCGCCCUCGCAACGGGACACAGACCGGCAAACCCCAAGCCAACGCUCGCCCACAUCCUCGCCACGUUCGCCGGACGAUACCGGGAUACCGACCCGAGAGAGGCCGGUGAGGACGAACAACCUUGGGACUGGUCCGGCGGACGGCUCACCGCCCGUACACACCGCCAGCAGCAGUGACAACAACGUACAGUCUAGUGAUUACGAGACCGAUAGCAGCGCCGGACGGCAGAAUCCGCGAGCAUACACGCAAAAGCAGGACUUGGGUCUUAGCAGCGACGAAGAAGCACGCUACGCAUCCCUGCAGCAGCAACAACAGCAGCCCCAGUCAGAUCGACAGGAACCGCAGCGGGGUCAAAUCGACAACGAGGCGAGGAUGCAUCCAAAUGUAUACCCUCAACCACGUGGAGAGCUACACCCAAAAGAAGGCGAUCGCGAGCUCAGGCAGGAGAGUCUGGAGCAACCCAGCGACGCCGGAGACUCUCUCCCUCAGGGCGCAGUGCGUGUUCGACCGAAGGGCCCCGGCCGACGCCAGCGUGUCUCAAUGCGAAGAACUGUAAUCGCCGGGCACGUACCCCUCAGCCCCAUUAUGGAGGUGUCCAGAGAGGGCUGGGAAAACAGUCGGGUAUCAAAGGAGACGCCGCGUGGCCAGGCUUCAGUGGCGGCUGUGGCGAGGUCCUCUAGCAGCAGCUUACGUGCAGCUACAGGCCCGCCGCCGUCGCACAUUGCUGGCGCUGGUGUCAAGCAGAGCGCGAGCAAUACCAGCAGUGUCAUCAGCGUGCCGUCCGUCGCGCAGGACGUCUCACGACGUAGCAGCAGCGGUCCGCGCAGCAGGAGCGAUACGCGCAGCAAUAGCAGCCCUUGCCAAAACCCCGUGCAACAGAGGCAGCAGCACCAGCAGUUGCCCUUCAGCCCUUCCGCUGCAACCGCGGCCACCUUGUCGCCGCCUCUGGCUCCCUCUUCUCACAGCGAAGGCACAUCAACGCUGCUGGAGCGCGCGCUAUCUCAGGCGGAGGCGACGCUCCGCAGCCUGGGACGUGAGUACGAGAACUUCUACUACAACGACGAUGAAGACGACCUCGCUGACGUGGUCCGGUCAAUGCGGCGGCGGCGACGGGCACCCAAGGAACAGCUGCAGCGACAGCCCUGUGCCGCCGACCAAGGCCUAGGCGGCAACGCUGGCCGACGCGGCGCACCGCCUUCCUACGAGCCUGCGCUCCGUGCCCUGCGUGCAGAGGGCCAGUCAGCUCGGAUGCGACAGCACCAAGCCUUCCUGAGCCGGGCUAGGCAGGUGCUGGGGGAGGGGACCAGCACGACCACCGCAACCAUUAGCACGGGUCUGCCUCCAACCAGCGCGUCGGCUUCCGGAUCGGCAUUGGGCUUACGGUCAUCCUCGCGCGCGUCCAAGCCGUCCCCUAUCCGGUCCACAGCGCGUAGAUCGGCGGCAGCUGCGCCUACAGGCAGGGCAGCUGCGCGGGAGGACACGAAAAUGGACAGGGACAGCAGGGGUACCAGCAUUCGAGGAUUGAGGGCAGGAAGCGGCAGGGGCCACGAGGCCCUGGUACGGGUCCUGCGUGCGGGCGCGGCCCCGGAGGCUGGUGAGCCGGAUAUAGGGCGGAAGCUGAUGCAGCGUGUGCUGCCCGAGCCGUAUGGUCAAGGAGGUCAAUAUGGCGAGGUGGAGCAUUUCGACAAGGAGUCGCUGGAACUCAAUCCCCGUCGCCGGCCGGGCUUGCAGCUAAAACCUGACCUCGAGGCAAAGCUAAGACACCUGUAUAGGCUUACGGUUGAGGAUCCCAAGCACCGUGCGGCGCGUGUGGCCGUGGAGUCCGUGACGGUGGCUAAUGACCUGCUGCGCCAGGCAAAGCGGCGGGCACUGGUGGAUCGCCUCAGCAAUGCACGGGCGCGACGGGAUGCGUCGCUGCGCCUGACAACGGACCGCUUGCGCGAGCAGAGCCGGGAGUACAAGAAGCGGGCGGAGCAGCUGCGGCUACAGCGGCUGGCAGCGGAAUGGAAUGCCACUCAGCGCAGCGCACAGAUGCGGCGGGCGCUGCAGGCAGAGCUGACGCUGCGGGACGCGUUCCUAGAGGUGUUGCGGAACGAGAAAGAGACCCUGCUUGCGGAGCGGCAGGAGGCCAAGGCGGAUGCGACGGCGGCGUUCCCUAUCUACAAGAGGGCUCUCCGUAACACCGAGUGCACCUACCAGGAGAUGUUGUCGCUACUUGAGAAGAUACUUGCUUCGGAGCGUCAGCAGCGCAUCCGCGCGGACCGGGAGGCUGAGCAGGCGCAGCAAGAUUUCAACAAACUCGCCUCGACCGUGGUGCAUGACCGGAUGCAGGAGCUGCUGGCCCGCAUUGCGCGCGAGGACGAGGCCGCUGUGCAGCGCCACAGUUUCGCGACGCACCCCAAGGCCAAGCGCGCGCUGACAACCCAGAUCCGGCGCCUGUUGGGGCUUUCGUGA